AUGCACCACCGUCUUCGCCUCCCCAAACCUCACGCGAUUCACAAACCGAAAAUCAAGCAGCUCACCGCCGACCACUACAUCGCCCAGUUCCGAGAUGUCUGCGCAUACACCACAAUUCAGGAAGAGCCUGGUAUCUCUUGUCCCCUAGGAGAGGGAAAGCCUGCCCUCGUCGACUCAGUCGAAGGUUCUAUUUUGACUAUCCAGGAUUGCCUCAGACAGAUCUCGAAUAUGGCGCAUCAGGCAUUCUGCGCUACUGCCGAUCAUACGUGCGUGCCUGCCAGCUACGUACGGGCGUGGAAGGAUGUCUAUCAUAAAGAGGCGCAGAAGCUUCGGGAGGAGAUUGGAAAGAACAAAAAGCUUCAGGCUCUUUAUGAGCAGGCCCUUGCAGAGACUGAUCACCGCAAGCGAGACUCGGCAUUCUUUUACUGCCGCAUGCAAGAGCUGGAGGAGCAGCUUUCAGACAUGACGGAAUUGUUUGGUGACCAAAAUCGCGAAGAGGGUGAGAUCGUCGACAUCAGCUCUCAGAACGGGUCGGUGCUUUCCAAUAAUAGCCCUCCAGGGUGUGAUGUUGGGAAUUGUGAUACACGCAAGCGCAAGGCGUUGAACGGCGGAGACGAGGAUGAGAACGAAGAAGAAAUAGGAAGUGUGGAGAAAUUGCCUCGCAAGAAGAGGCGCACCAACCCGAGCAGAACUGGCAAUGAGUAA